UCAAGGGGUCUCUAGGUUUCCAUGGUGACAUCCAGAUUUAACAUUGUGCAAAGUUCUAAAAAUGCUAACGAAGUGAAAAGAAAAAGAAAAGAAGUUGCUCAGCAGUUUUACGAAAUCAAUGGAAACUUCCGUGGAGAGAAAAGACCAGACGGCAGAGGAGCAGAGUUUGUUUCCCACUGCGGUGUCAGAAGAGGAGCUGGAUGAGGCCAGGAGAAAAAGCUCCUUCAAGCAGCUUUUUGGCUCCAGUAAAAUCUUUCUGGCGCCAGGAGAGAAACGCCCUUACAGACCAGACCUUCAGGGGAGCCUCAUCAUCCAGAGCAGGGCUGCAGAGCACUACACAAAUGGAAAAGAGGCGAUGGGAAAGUUCCAGUAUGAGAAGGCGGUGAUCUGCUUCUCCAGAGCCAUCACACUGCAGCCUGAACAGACUCAGCUGUAUGUGAGUCAGGCGGAGGCCUACCUGCAGCUGUGUGACUUCCAGUCAGCAGCAGCCUGUUAUAAGAAGGCCUGGCUCCUGGAGCCCGGAGCCUUCAGAGACCGCCUGGCCUUCAUCUACUACCUCCAGGGCCAGUGUUUGUUUGACCGACGUCUUUUCCUGGAGGCUCUGGAGGCGUUCACUAAAGCUGCUGAGGUGAAGCCCGGCUGCAGGGUCUACGCAGUCAGAAGCCUGGCCUGUCUGACAGCUGCAGGUCACCUCACCGACUGUCUGCAGCUGGUCAACGACUGGAUGGUGUCAGACGGUCCCACCUCUGACCUUUACAUCCUCAGAGCCCGACUGCACCAGCAGCUCCACCAGGUGUCACAGUGUUACCGAGACGUGACGUCGGCGCUGGCGUUGAACCCGUCGUGUCCCGCGGCCGGAGCUCUGCUGCAGCAGCUGCAGCGAGCCGGUGAACAGGCCAGACAGAAGUCUGUGGACAGAGCUGUGAGCGGCGAGCUGCCUGAAGCCCUCUGCAUGAUCAACAUCGCUCUGGAGAACUGCCCCCGGGACGCACGCCUCUACCUGUUCAGAGGAAUUCUCUACCGACGUCUCAAAGACUUCACAGCCGCCAUCGAGGAUCUGAUCCAGGCUGUUGAGCUGAACGACGGGGGGGAGGGGGAGGAGAGGGGGGAGGCGGAGAAGGGUGUCAAAGGUCAGGCGGAGGCGGCCAGGGACAAGAGGGACGAGCGAGGCUCCUUCGAAGAGCAGGUGGAGUUUCAGCUGGUUCUCACCUACAAUGACUUUGCCGUUCAGUGCUUCAGCAGAGCGCAGUACGCCGAAGCCACUCUGCUCCUCAACAAGGCCAUCGAGGAGGAGAAGAGCCAGGCAGGCCUGUACCUGAACCGAGGAGACUGUUUCUUUAAGCAGGGUGACUGGUGUUACGCUCUGGUUGACUACCAGCAGGCUGAGGAGAUGAUGAGACCUGGCGACCCUGCUGUCCGGCUGCGCCUCGCUGUCCUCCACAACACACUGGGUUCCUUCUGCUUCCAGGACUGUUUCUUUAAGCAGGGUGACUGGUGUUACGCUCUGGUUGACUACCAGCAGGCUGAGGAGAUGAUGAGACCUGGCGACCCUGCUGUCCGGCUGCGCCUCGCUGUCCUCCACAACACACUGGGUUCCUUCUGCUUCCAGGGCGGGCAUUUCCAGGAAGCAGCUGACAUGUUUUCUCUGGCCGUCCAGUACGACCCCUCAGCCGCUCAGUACUACGAGAAGAGAUCGAAGGCCUUCAGGAAGCUGCAGAACCUGAAGGGAGCCCGACAGGACCUGAUCUGUGUUCUGAUCCUGGAUCCCACCAACGAGGAGCUGCCGCCCAUGCUCAUGAGUCUGUUCCCUGGCUGCAGCGUCUCUGAUGUUUUGUCCAGUCCAGGAGGACAAGCUGUCAGAGAUCAGCUGAUGGACACCAUCCAGACCUGCACUUCCUGCUCUGAGCCACAAAGACUGAGUGAGAAGCUCCAACAGAUGACUCUGACCAAUCAGAGCACGGCGAGCCAAUCAGAAGCCCCACCUGAGGCAGGGGAGGAGCUGAAGCUGUGUAUGAACCAACAGGAGAUGGAGAUCAUGGUGAAGAGCCUCCUGCAGGUACCGAGCAGACCCCAGGAGUAGCUGCUAGCUUGGUGGCUAACGGGGAUCCAAAUAAAUAAAUAAACGAUGGGAAAAUCCUAAAAGAUCA